GACAAUUGCAAGGCUUCCGAUUUUUGUUUCCUGCCCUUCCUAACCUAACAUAGGAUAGCGCGUGGAAACACAAAAGAAUUUUAAUCCGAACUCGAUGGCCAAUAAAUCUCGAAAGAGAGCCCGGGGUGACGUCAGAAAUCCAUAAAAAAAUGUUAUUGUUCUCUAGCGCCAUCUGUGAGUGGCGACAGCAACUGCUGGUGGACACCCCCCAACUUCGUUCACUUCGUUCAGUCCCGUUCCUGGUUGUAAGUACGAAAGGUUGUUGUCAAAUGCCAGUGGCAGCAGUCAGCAGGGGAAAAACCGUUUUUUUUUUCCGGGGGAAUAAGAAGAAAAAUUGAAUGGCGAUUUUAUACGUGUGUGUCCUGUGCUGGCUUGACUCCCGCCUUAAUCAUUAGACCUCAAUUCAAUUAGGUCUUUAUAGACUUGUUUCCUAGCUGCUCUAAACAUCCGGCUUCUCAAUUAACCUGCGUGUGUCGCUGGCCAAGUCUGUGUGUUUGUUUGUGCGUGGCGCUCCGUUGACAGCUCCUCUCUGCACCACCAACAUUUCUUUUGCUUUUUUUCCUUCCGUCUCUUUUUCCUUAUUCUUUUUUUGACGCACACAUUUGGACGACGACGACGAAACGGAAUGCGUCACGUCAGUCUGGUGGCCAGUCGACGAGAUUUCCAAACGCCAUGGAAUUCGGCCUCUGUAUCUGUUUGUUGACUCUACAUCGCCACAUUUACACGCAAACAGUUUACUCUAGUGAGAGGUCAGGGAGGGGAUAGAGCACCUCAGCUAUUUUCUCAUCCUCUCCCUUGUGUGUGAAUUUUCACUCUUUUUGUUUUGGGGUUUGGUUUUUGUUUCUGUCUGCCCGUCUAAAAACCAACAUAGCAACGCUUGCUUUUUUGUUGACCCCUCCUCCUGUCUGCUGAUGAAAUUCCCCUUUCCCAUUUGUUUGCGUCCCUAAUGGGAUGUCUACUCUCUUGCCAGUCAGUGUUACCAUAAUACAUAAUGGAAUUAUGGCUGCGAUAAGGCUUCUUCUGGACAGAAGUUUCCCAAUGUGAUCAGUAACAGUGUGUAGUCUCAACACUUCAAGCCAAGUUUCAUGUGCCAAAAAGUCAGCGGAUUCAAUUCCUGCCCGCUUCUCUCACCAUGUUGAUCAAAGAGUACAGAAUACCCCUGCCCCUCACCGUGGAGGAGUACAGGAUCGCCCAGCUCUACAUGAUAGCUAAGAAGAGCAGAGAAGAGAGCUGUGGUGAAGGCAGCGGGGUGGAGAUUUUAGUGAAUGAACCCUACUCCGAAGGCCCUGGAGGGUCUGGACAAUAUACUCAUAAAAUCUUCCAUGUUGGCAGUCACCUGCCUGGUUGGCUCAAGGCUCUUUUGCCCAAAUCUGCCUUCAUCGUGGAGGAAAAGGCUUGGAAUGCCUACCCUUACACCAGAACUCGCUACACCUGCCCUUUUAUCGAGAAGUUUAGUCUGGACAUUGAAACCGUCUACCGUGAAGACUGCGGAGACAUUGAGAACGUCUUUAAGCUCAGCAAAUCCGAGCUGAACGACCGAGCCGUCGAUUUGAUUGAUGUAGUGAAAGAUCAAUUGCCCACGGCUAGCGAUUACGUCAAGGAAGAAGAUCCAUGCGUGUACAUCAGCCGGAAGACGGGCAGAGGGCCGUUGAGUGACUCUUGGAUUCAAGAUUACUGGCGUGAAUGCAAGGGUCAGACGUUGCCCUUGUCCAACGGCAAGGCCAUCAUGUGCGCCUACAAGCUGUGCCGGGUGGAAUUCAAGUACUGGGGCAUGCAGGCCAAGAUCGAGCGGUUCAUCCACGACAUUGCCCUGAGGAAGACGAUGGUGCGAGCCCACCGGCAGGCCUGGACCUGGCAGGACGAGUGGUUCAACCUGACGAUGGACGACAUCCGCGAACUGGAACGGCAAACGCAGGAAGCCCUGGCCAAGAAAAUGGCGUCAGCCACGACGACGACCAGCGAAGGCGGCCUGGAACAACAGCAGCUGCAGCAAGAGGCCAAGACGAGCGGGGGAGUCAUUCCGUCCAGCCUGGUGCCGGCCUCGCCCGAAAUCGGCGGCCAGGAAACGGUGGACAGCAAAGGACAGCCGGUAGCAGCUGCUUCAGUCCAGGGAGCUCCAUCAUGGCCCAUGUCGUGCAUUUCCGAGUCGAGCAGCGAAGACGACGAGUUUUUCGACUGCCAAGAUUUCCGUUCCGGUCAGGCGGGCGGGGCCUUGUCACCGACCAUGGUCCGCUGGAGUUCAAUGGAGUUGGUCCCACAGGGCGAAGAGGCUGACGAACUGGACCCUGCCGAGAAAGUGCCAGACGAACGAAUCGAAGAACGGGACAGCAUCUUUUCGGCUGGUUACCUGCAGCGGUUCGGGGCUAAUCAAAGGCGGCCGUCCCGCAAGCUGGUCAGCUCUUUCCUGCGGGCCAGUGGAAGUGGCCGGUCUCAAUCUCCUGGCGGCACGGGUGGAUCGAAUACGUCGUCGCUGCAAUCGCAUCCGGCCAGCGCCCUGAUUUUGGUGUUCCACGGCGGCACCGUCCUGGACGUCUCGUCUGAAGUGGCCAACAAAGCCGCCGAUUUGGCCACGUUCCGCAGCAAUUUGGAGGCUGUCAUCCGUCAACAUUUUCCCAGUUUGUGCUCGGGUCGCUUGGCCGUCCGUCUCGUCUCAUGCCCAACCUUGUGCCCAGAUGCAAUCACCGUCCUCAACAGUUUGUCUUGUUCCUCAUCCGCUUUGGUGGACCCUGUCGCAUCGCCACUACCACCGACGUCGGCGGAUUCUUCUCAUCCGGCCACGUCGGACUCGUCGGCAGGCGAUUCAGUUGCUCCCCUACCACCGGCCGCCAACGCCACCAGUGCUCCUCCUGCAGCCACCGCCUGCUGGCCACCGCUGGGCUGCCUGCCGCUGUUUGCCGCCUCGUCGCCGGAAUACGCCGACACGGUGACCCGCACGAUUGUGGCGGCCAAUCUCGCCUAUUCAGAGUUCCUCAAAUCGCCGGAAGGUGGUGGCUUCUCCGGUGCUGUGGCCGUGGUGGCCGACUCGGCCGGAUCCGUCCUCCUCUACGACGCCCUUUGCAAAUCAUCCGACCACAUGGACGGCCCUGGCGGCGACAUUCAGUCGCACUUCGGCGGCAGCGACAACAGCAUCGCUGAAGAACCCGACCAGCACAGUCCAGGCGGCGUCUUUGAAGAGGAGAAGAAGGAACGGGAUCACUUUGCUCCUUCCGGCGCAUCGUCCUCUUUCAAAAGUCCCAGGUCCUAUCAUCACCUGCAAGCGCCGACCAAUCGCCGGCACUCCACAUCGGCCAAUGAUCACGGCCCAACUCGUCACAGUUCCUCAUCCGCCGCCAUUAUCAAAAAUUCUUACCUGGACUUUGAAGUGGGCGAUUGCUUCCUCCUGGGAAGUCCGCUCUCGUUGGUCUUGGCCUUUCGCAAGUGGAGCCACAAUCACCACGGCGAACGUUGGCCUCGCCGUCCUCACUGCCACGGCAUUUUCAAUUUAUUCCACUCGAUGGAUCCCCUGGCCGCCCGUUUGGAGCCGCUCCUGUCGGCCCGUUUCGCCAACACUCGGCCCGUCUCUGUUCCGCGCUAUCAGCGCUAUCCGCUGGGCGACGGAAAGUCCAACACCUUGGUGGAUUUCGUCCAGAACAAUCCCCAGCUGUUUCAGGAGCCGACGUCGUCGACACCUCCCCAGCCAAAGGCCGAGGACAACAACGGGCUGAGCAAGCGACGACAGUCGGACGGAUCCUUCUUCCACGGAAGUGACAACAGUCUCGGAUCCGAUCCUCUGGCAGCUCAAAUGGCUUCACUGUCGCAGCGUUGGUGGGGUAGUAAACGAUUGGAUUACGUGUUUUACUGCCCCGACGGACUGACAUCGUUCCCGCCGUCGGCGCUGCCCCAUUUGCUUCACGCCUCCUUCUGGGAGUCGGCCGACGUGGCGGCUUUCAUCCUGCGCCAAUUGAUGCGACUAGACGUCAGCGGUGGCGGAGGAGGAGUUGGAAACUCGGCUGGAUCGGUUGACGAAUAUUACGGCGACAUCAGGGACUCUAACGGCGGAUCGUUGCCCUUCAGUCCCGGCACCCCCUGUGAGAAGUGGAUGCGCAAACGGACGUCGGUCAAGAUCAAAAAUAUCGGAGCCAAUCAUCGAGCCAACGACAUUAUCGUCAACGAAACGAUGCCUCAGGUUAUCGUCGCCAGGUUCAUGUACGGGCCACUGGACAUGGUGGCGUUGACUGGCGAGAAAGUGGACGUUCACUUUUUGCGCGAUGCCAACAACGGCGAAUGGGAUCUCAUCGCCACCGAAGUGACGGACAAGGCCGGUCGAUUGGUCUGCACUCUGCCGCCGGAUCGAACUCUCCCGCCUGGACUUCAUCCCAUCAAAAUGGUGGUCCGUGGCGAUCACACGUACGCCGAUUUGUACGUGGCCGUUUUGCCGGCCCGGACCCAGGCCGUCGUCUUCAGCAUCGACGGAUCGUUCACGGCCUCCGUGUCGGUCACUGGACGUGACCCCAAGGUGCGGGCCGGCGCUGUGGACGUUGUUCGCCAUUGGCAGGAGCUCGGCUACUUGAUCAUCUACACCACUGGCCGUCCGGACAUGCAGCAACGUCGAGUGGUCUCUUGGCUGGCCCAGCACAACUUCCCGCACGGUUUGCUGUCGUUCGCCGACGGGUUGAGCACCGACCCGCUGCGCCACAAGGCCGACUACCUCAAACUGUUGGUCAACGACGUCGGACUGGAGAUCAGGGCCGCCUACGGUUCCAGCAAAGACAUAAGCGUCUACGCCAGCGUUGGCAUCAAGCCGGAGAACAUUUACAUUGUGGGCAAGGUAUCGCGCAAGCACCAAGGUCAAGCCCAGUCUCUCAUCGAAGGUUACGCCAGCCAUUUGUCUAAUUUGGCUUUGCAUCAGUGCCGGCCGGCCCAGAUCAAUCCUUACCUCCUUCUGCCAAGGGGUUGCCUCUCUCUGCCCGGUCACGGAGCUCCUCUUUUACGCCGAAGAUCGGCGAAACGGGCGACAUCUUUUCCGAUCUCGACGGUCGUCACGGGAGUCAUUUACACGACGUCGUCUGCCGCGACGAUGGUGGCCUCGACUGCCGUCACCAAUACUCAAACGCUGGCCAACAAGUCCAGCUGAAUCCCCCCCAGUAAAAAACCAAAACAAAUUCGAUUGCCAACGCGGAUGUAGUCCCCCUUAAAAAAGUUCGACCCCCUCGUUCGUCUCUAGUGUUUUUCUUUCAAAAAACGUAGUUGACUGUCGUCUUUUUUCUCUUCUUCUUUCUAUAUACUAUUUCCAAAUCUCUCAUCAUCUUCGUGUUUUGUCCGUCUAGCUCUCUUUUUGUCUUUGUGUCCAAACCCCCCCUCAAAUCAUUUCAGGAAAUCUUUUUCUUUUCGUACCCCCCCGCCAACUUUUGAGAUUCGUUUGAUCGAUGACGUGAUGUUGGGUUAUCGAUCGAUUGAUUAUUUGGCUUGUUUAUUAUUAAUUAAUUGGGCUCUGGGUUCCUUAUAUCAUUCAUUGAUUAACAUCAGGUUUCACUGCGGUGGAAGAUUCGCAACCAUUUGCUCCAUCUUGAAAGAAAAAUUAGCAGAACUAAGUCGUUUCGGGAAUAAUGAUUUGCGGUUUACCGACGGCCUAUUCUCAUUCAUUUCCUCAAUAAGUAAAUUGUUUUUUGAUUCGCUUGUCUAUCGUCGUUUAUUCUUUUUCUCACACCUUUUGCCAGAUGGCCAGAGAGAGGGGGAAUGCUAAUUUAAGUCAUUGGCGCUAUUGUUCGUUCGUGUUGUUAUAUACUCCCCAGUUUCGUGAUUCUAUGAAGCAGAGAUUCAUUCUUUAUUAACAGAGAAAAAGUAAAAUUGCAGAGUAGAAAAGGGAAAACGAUUUUGUGAUGGAGAUAAUGCGACUGUUUAUAUACAUACCUAGGCGAUUCAAAUCAAUAACCUACGUAAUAUUAUAUAUAAUGUGUACUAUCAUCAUCUCAUUAAAUAAUAAUAUUAUAAAUUUACGUAAAAAAAAAGGGAGGGAAGAAGGGGGAAAAAGUUGUGCGACAAAACUAUUUUUCGUUGUCUGUUUGUUUGUUCGUUGGUUGUCUUACAUUAUCUUUAUUAAUUUUUCUCGAAGGAGGAGGAGCUUACAUAAAUUAUUCCUCCGCUCUCAUCCCGUGCGUGUUUUUUUUUCAUUCGAUUCUGUACAACAUUAUUAUUAUUAUGAUUAUUAUUAUUAUUAAUCGGUGUAUAUGAUUGUGCGUAUGUGCUGUAUUAUUAUCAUUAUUAUUUAUUUAUUAACAACAAUUCCUACAUAUGUUAUCAUGAUGUCAUUAACUACUAUAUAUAUACAAAUUAGACUCUACUACAUCAACAAUAAUAACAAUUCUCGGUGACUGAAA